GUUUUGACUACGUCCGUAUGACCAUCGCGUCAAUAACCAGCUCUAAUCAUGCUUCGUUGCUUCUGAGCUUCUCCUCUUUGUAUAUAUAUCGUCACCAACAAAACAAAAAAACCGAACAAACACAAGACAAAUACAUAUCAACUGUAGAACAGCAACAAAUCCAGGCGACAAUAAACGAUUUAAUUCUUGUCCUGAACCCGAACAAGAAACACGUCCUAAUUCUUCGAUUCUAAUUGUUUUUUCUGCAUAUUUUUUUUUCUUCCGUGGUUGGAUUGAAGUUGGAAUUGAAACAAGUUAAAAGAAUCAGAUCAGAGGGGCUAUGAGGAUGAUGGAAUGGUCUGCAGCAUCUGCUACAAACGCUUAUUUUGAUACCCUAAAACUGUGCAAUGACUAUGGGAGACAAUGUGGCUCAUGGAAAACACAAGAGCCAGGCAGCAAUGAAUUUGUCUUAGCCUUGGCUGCCGGCAUGAAUGCCAAACUCAUAGUCGAGGUGACCUCAACUGUUUCGCCAUCUACAAUAGCCUUAGGAGCUGCUGCAAAACAGACAGGAGGAAAACUGGUUUGCAUUCUUCCCGAGCCAGUCCUUGAUGAAUCAAAGAAAGUAAUCAGAGACACAGGCCUUAAAGACUCAGUCGAGUUCAAGAUCGGUAACCCUUCUGAGCUAUUGUCGAAUUACGAGAACAUUGAUUUCUCUCUGGUUGAUUGCAAGAAUGAUGAGUACACAAGGCUGCUGAAGUUGCUAGAUGUUAACCCUAGAAAAUCAGUGUUUGUGGCUAAUAACUUGGUUGGUGAAAGAAAAGGGCUGGAAGGGCAUUUGGGAGUGAGGGGAAAGAGGGUUCCGGAGAGGUCUACGAAGAAUUCCAUAGGAAAAGGAAUGGAGGUCACCAUGAUUGGGAAGAACACUGACGUUGGUAAGGGAAAUUGGCGUGGAGGAAGUAAGAGGAGGAGUGGUAAGAGUAAAUGGAUUGUUAAGGUUGAUAAGCAGAGUGGUGAGGAACAUAUCUUUAGGGUGCCUGGCUAAAUCACUUUUCAUGUUUUCUUUCGCUAUCAAACUUGCAAAGGGGAGAGAAAUGAUGACGAUAUCUUAUACGAACUCUCCAAGCAAGUAUGUGCAGUGUUCAGUGAUAUAAAAGGUUAAAGAGUUGUUGCAUCCCAUCAUGAAUCAGCAGGGUGGUGAUUGUGGAUGUGUUCAUGCAUGGCUGAGACUGCGGUGCUCCCUCCCUCCAAUUGUUGCCUCAGUACUUUGAAUGCUACAUGAAAUUUAUGGGAGAAUCUUAGCCAUCCCGGUUGUAUUUCAUGUUCUGAGACAGAUAACAGAAGAUAUACAACCGGAUACAAGUACGCUAUUUGACUACAAAAAAUGCCACUAUUUUUUUUGUCAUUAUGUAGCGAAGAAAAUCCCAAAUGUCUAGUGAUUAAUUUGUUGACUGUACUUUUUGUACGAAGUCUCUAAUUCUUA